GCAAAAAACGAAAACCAACAUCAGAAAAUUAUUCAUUCACUCGGAAUUCAUUUAAACGCCGCAAAGAUUCUUUCACGUUAUAAUAAUCCAAUACCUUUACGGUGGUUCCUUCAAAGUGCAAAAAAUUAUACUAUGCAAAAACAAUUAUGCAUUCAAUUAUCACGAAGAGCAAAUGAUUCUGAAGUUGAUGGGGAGCACUUUGAAAAUGAAAGUGAAUGGAUCCAAUUGUUAGAAGACAUGAAGAUAUUACAAGGUGAUGGUAGAGGUGUCUUAGGGGAAAUAUCUAUUGAAGGAAUUUAUGAAAAUUUCAUAUCUGGACUUCUGAGUUGUGGAAAAUUCAGAUUGGCGCGUGAAAUCCUUUUGCCAACCGAUGAAUCACAUCCUUUAAAAAUGGAUAUAACAGAAAAACUAGUUAUCAAUGCAUCAAGAGAAUUUUUCGAUAACGCUACCUCAGGAAAUAUGAAUCAUGGUUACAUGAAGAUGGCAUACGAAUGUCUUCAAAUAUUACCGAAAUCGGACACUAUAAUAGCAGAGCUUGAAUUGAUUGAGGCAACACAUGUUUUGUCAGAAAAGAAAAUUUGUUACCAACCUGGAGUACCAAUACAUCCAUUGCACAUACGCAUUUCACCAAAUCGGUUGGACUUUAUAGAUCGUCUAUUGAGUACAUAUGAAGAUGCUUACCGUGACCCAAACUCAAUUAUAAAACUUGCAAAAAAUCUUGGUUAUCGAAAUGACAAAGUUGCUGAAGUCAAAGUAAUGGCCAUGCUCGCAGAUGCCGCAUUACGUGAUAAUAAUUUUGUUACUGCGUACAACACGUGUGUCGAUUUAGUGAAUGUUAUCAAAGUUAUAGCGAGUGCUAAUAAAGGUGAUAACGAAAAUACAGAACUAGCUUUAGCCAAUGAUUCUGCUUGGAGAAUAUGUUAUGAGGUUGCCAAACAGGAAAAUUAUAGAGACUUAGAACAACAAAUGACACUUAUGGGAUACGCCUUAUCAUUGU